CAGUGGCAGCCCGCCGGCUCUGCAGUCCCCAGCGCUGCAGCCGCCGCAGCAUCCUCGGCGUCUGCGCGUCCUGGCUGUCCUUCGCCACCUCCUCUUCCUUCACCUGGGCUGGCGCGAUGGCGAAGCCUCUGACGGACAGUGAGAAGCGGAAACAGAUCAGCGUGCGGGGGAUCGCGGGGCUGGGCGACGUGGCCGAGGUGCGGAAGAGCUUCAACCGGCACCUGCACUUCACGCUGGUCAAGGACCGCAACGUGGCCACGCCCCGCGACUACUUCUUCGCGCUGGCGCACACAGUGCGCGACCACCUGGUGGGCCGCUGGAUCCGCACGCAGCAGCACUACUACGAGCGCGACCCGAAGCGCAUUUACUAUCUUUCCCUGGAAUUCUACAUGGGCCGCACGCUGCAGAACACCAUGGUGAACCUGGGGCUGCAGAACGCUUGUGACGAAGCUAUUUAUCAGUUGGGAUUGGACUUGGAAGAGCUGGAGGAGAUAGAAGAAGAUGCUGGCCUCGGCAACGGGGGCCUGGGCAGGCUGGCAGCCUGUUUCCUCGACUCCAUGGCCACCUUGGGCCUGGCAGCUUACGGCUAUGGAAUCCGCUAUGAAUUUGGGAUUUUUAACCAGAAGAUUGUCAACGGCUGGCAGGUGGAGGAGGCUGACGACUGGCUGCGCUAUGGCAACCCCUGGGAGAAGGCCCGGCCCGAGUACAUGCUUCCUGUGCACUUCUACGGGCGUGUGGAGCACACCCCUGACGGCGUGAAGUGGCUGGACACGCAGGUGGUGCUUGCCAUGCCCUAUGACACCCCAGUGCCUGGCUACAAGAACAACACUGUCAACACCAUGAGGCUGUGGUCCGCCAAGGCGCCCAAUGACUUCAAGCUGCAGGACUUCAACGUGGGAGACUACAUUGAGGCGGUCCUGGACCGGAACUUGGCAGAGAACAUCUCCAGAGUGCUGUACCCCAACGACAAUUUCUUCGAGGGGAAGGAGCUACGGCUGAAGCAGGAGUACUUUGUGGUGGCCGCCACCCUCCAGGACAUCAUCCGCCGCUUCAAGUCCUCCAAGUUUGGCUGCCGAGAUCCUGUGAGGACCUGUUUUGACACAUUCCCCGAUAAGGUGGCCAUCCAGCUGAAUGACACGCACCCUGCCCUCUCCAUCCCUGAGCUCAUGCGCAUCCUGGUGGACGUGGAAAAAGUGGACUGGGACAAGGCCUGGGAAAUCACAAGGAAGACCUGCGCGUACACCAAUCACACGGUGCUGCCCGAGGCCCUGGAGCGCUGGCCCGUGUCCAUGUUCGAGAAGCUGCUGCCACGACACCUGGAGAUCAUCUAUGCCAUCAACCAGCGGCACCUGGAUCACGUGGCAGCCCUGUUUCCCGGGGACGUGGACCGCCUGCGCCGCAUGUCUGUGAUUGAGGAAGGGGACUGCAAACGCAUCAACAUGGCCCACCUGUGCGUGAUCGGCUCCCACGCGGUCAAUGGGGUGGCACGGAUCCACUCGGAGAUCGUGAAGCAGUCUGUUUUCAAGGAUUUUUAUGAGCUGGAGCCAGAGAAGUUCCAAAAUAAGACAAAUGGCGUCACUCCCCGCCGGUGGCUGCUGCUGUGCAACCCCGGGCUGGCUGAUGUCAUCGUGGAGAAAAUAGGGGAGGAGUUCCUGACUGACCUUGGUCAACUGAAGAAGCUACUGCCAUUGGUCAGCGACGAGGCCUUCAUCAGGGACAUCGCCAAGGUCAAGCAGGAGAACAAGCUUAAGUUCUCGGCCUUCCUGGAGAAAGAGUACAAGGUCAAGAUCAAUCCCUCAUCCAUGUUCGAUGUGCACGUGAAGAGGAUCCACGAGUACAAGCGGCAGCUGCUCAACUGCUUGCACGUGGUCACCCUGUACAACCGGAUAAAGAAAGACCCGGCCAAAGCCUUUGUGCCCAGGACUGUUAUGAUUGGAGGCAAGGCGGCUCCCGGCUACCACAUGGCCAAGAUGAUAAUCAAGUUGGUCACGUCCAUCGGUGAUGUCAUCAAUCACGAUCCAGUUGUGGGCGACAGGCUCAAAGUGAUCUUUCUGGAGAACUACCGAGUGUCCUUGGCCGAGAAAGUGAUCCCAGCCGCUGACCUGUCACAGCAGAUCUCCACCGCAGGCACGGAGGCUUCAGGCACUGGCAACAUGAAGUUCAUGCUCAACGGAGCCCUUACCAUUGGCACCAUGGACGGGGCCAAUGUGGAGAUGGCUGAGGAGGCCGGGGCCGAGAACCUCUUCAUCUUUGGGCUACGAGUAGAGGAUGUCGAGGCGCUGGACCGGAAAGGGUAUAAUGCCAGGGAGUUCUACGACCGCCUGCCUGAGCUGAAGCAGGCCGUGGACCAGAUUAGCAGCGGCUUCUUCUCACCCAGGGAGCCAGACUGCUUCAAGGAUGUUGUCAACAUGCUAAUGUACCACGACAGGUUCAAAGUGUUUGCGGAUUACGAAGCCUACAUGCAGUGCCAGGCCCAGGUGGAGCAGCUGUACCGGAACCCCAAGGAGUGGACCAAGAAGGUCAUCAGGAACAUCGCCUGCUCGGGCAAGUUCUCCAGUGACCGGACCAUCAGCGAGUAUGCGCGGGGCAUCUGGGGGGUAGAGCCUGCUGACCUGCAGAUUGCCCACCUGCCCCACACAGGGUGGGUGGGAGGAACAGCCACCCACUUGGCUCCCACAAAACCUUGCACACAUCUUGCUGUGAGCUUGUCUUUAGUUUUCAGCCUCUGGAUUCUGGGGUCUGGGUUGGUGGUCAUGGUGAAGCCAAGGGAUGAGCUUUCCGCAGCACCUGUGCUGCCAGCCACACGACAGGGCCAAGCCCAACUGUGGCCCCACCCCUUGCCCAGCUCUGUGCUAUGCCUCGGGCUAUGCUGGGUGCGGUUGGAGCCUUCAGGUGUCUUCCCCACAGCUGCCCAUCCUGUCCGGGGUUCUGCACCUGGUGUGUAG